AGAGGCUAGGUCUUUUGGGUAUCAUUCAGACGCCAACCAAAACAGAAGAAGAAGAAGAAGGAAGAAGGAGAACUCACCAGCGCCGUCGCACCAUCGCCGUCGCCACUCAGAUUCAUUUGGUUGGGGUUUCUUACGCAGCUCAAGAUGCUUCGGGAGAGGGUUUGAGGAAUGACCUUGAGCUAGUGAGAUCUUCCUCUGGAAAGCAUAUAAACAUUUGAGACCAUCAGCUUGAUAUUAUUCAAUAUUUAAAUUUACAACUAAAUAAAAAUCUGAUCUGAAAAUUGGGGAGUGAGGACUGAAGAAUUAAGCACACUAGGGUUGUUUCAGCAAACCAAUUAUCAAUGAAGCUUGCAGGGUUGAAAUCAAUCGAGGACGCGCAUGAGGAGUCAGUAUGGGCGGUGACAUGGGUCCCGUCAACGGAGACCCGACCUGCUUUGUUGUUAACCGGAUCACUGGACGAGACCGUGAGGCUGUGGCAGCCAGACGAGCUAGUCAACCAGGGCAAGAUGACCGGCCACUGCCUCGGUGUCGCUUCAGUGGCAGCUCACCCCUCUGGCCAUAUUGCUGCCUCGGCUUCACUCGACAGCUUUGUUAGGGUUUUCGAUGUCGACUCCAACAACACCAUCGCUAGUCUCGAAGCCCCCCCCUCUGAAGUCUGGCAAUUACGCUUCAAUCCUCAGGGUACCAUGCUAGCUGUGGCGGGUGGGGGAAGUGCAUCAGUCAAAAUUUGGGACACCACCACAUGGAAUCUCUUUGCCACAUUGUCAAUUCCUCGCCCAGAAGGAACCAAGCCCACGGAUAAAAGCAGCAGCAAGAAGUUUGUGCUAUCAGUUGCCUGGAGUCCUGAUGGUAGACGCAUAGCUUGUGGAUCGAUGGAUGGAACUGUUUCUGUUUUUGACGCGGAUCGUGGCAAGUUCCUGCACCAUCUGGAAGGCCACUUCAUGCCCGUGAGGUCUCUUGUGUUUUCUCCAGUUGAGCCACGGUUACUUUUCACGGGCUCAGAUGACACCCAUGUGCACAUGUAUGAUGCUGAGGGGAAAACAUUGGUUGGGGCCAUGUCAGGACAUGCGAGCUGGGUUCUGAGUGUGGAUGUGAGCACAGAUGGGGCGGCUCUUGCAACGGGCUCAAGUGAUAGAACUGUGAGGCUGUGGGAUAUCAACAUGAGGGGAGCUGUGCAGACAAUGAGCAACCACACUGACCAAGUUUGGGGAGUGGCCUUCCGACCAGGAGGAAUGCCUGGUAGACUUGCUAGUGUGUCAGAUGACAAGAGCAUAUCGUUAUAUGACUACUCUUGAAGUGGGUGGCUCGACCACACUGACCAAGUUUGGGGAGUGGCCUUUCGACCAGGAGGAAUGCCUGGUAGACUUGCUAGUGUGUCAGAUGAUGAGCAUAUCGUUGACUCUUGAAGUGGGUGGCUCGGGGAGAAACGAGAACAUGGAUAAUUUAUGUUCGUUGAAUGUAACUCACUGCCUUUGGUGUUCUGUGCCUGAUUGUUCCUAUGAAAUUGGUUUGUUUGAGACCUUAUUCUGAUACUUAAACAAGUGUCGUCUAGGAAAUGCACACCUUUUUGUCGGAUCAUUUACCAAAGAAUUGGGGAACCCUUUACAACCCAAAAAAAAAAAAAGCACACCAAAGAACUUGGGAACUCCUAGAAAUGACUUUGCUAAAAAUGUGUAUUCUAGGCUCCCAACUUUGACCAGUAUUUGGUAUGUGUCUUGUCGUCAUUUUUCUAGUUGAGCCAUUCAAUGAUCCUUCUGAAAUUGGAUAUAAUUGUAUGAUGUUUCUUUUAGAUCGGUUGUGGAUCGGGGUUGCUUCUUUGGUCUUUGCUCGAUAAAUCAAAAUAAACCAAACAGAUUUCACUCU